CAACAUUUAUUAAGCGUAUACCAAUGGUUUUUCUCCAUCACAGGUUCACAGGAUGAAAUAAACCCGUCUUCAAUCCCCGCCAUCAUGGUUUCAUCGGCGCCAAGCAACGCGACUCCGCUUUGCUUCUCCAUCAACAGCCCGCCCUUCAAUCACAACCACACCAUCGCCUCGGCGUACUUCUCUGCAGUCUUCAGCGGCCUCGGCUUGAGUUCCAACCUCUUCGCUUUGGUGGUUCUGGCCAAGACCUUCCACCACACCAAGAGCCGCUCGCGCUCCUCGUUCCUGCUGUUCCUCGGCGGAUUGGUGUUCACCGACUUCAUGGGGCUGUUGGUCACCGGGUCCAUCGUGGUGUCCUUCCACAUCACGCACUUCAACUGGCGCCAACUGGACCCUCAUUGCCACUUCUGCAACUUCAUGGGCAUGUCGAUGGUCUUCUAUGGCCUUUGCCCGCUACUUCUCGGCGCCGCAAUGGCCGUGGAGCGAUUCGUGGGGAUCAACCGACCCUUCGCCCGCUCCACCGCCGUGUCCAACAGCAGAGCGUGUUCGACGGUGGCCAUGGUUUGGGUCACAGCCGGCUGCAUCAGUCUCCUGCCGUUGGCCGGAUUGGGAAGCUACCGUCUCCAGAUCCCCGGUUCCUGGUGCUUCCUCAACAUCAGCUCCAGACCGCUGGAUAUGACCUUCGGUUUGAUCUUCUCGCUCGUGGGUUUGCUGUCGCUGGCCGUGUCAUUCUUGCUUAACACGGUGAGCGUCGUCACCCUACUGAGGGUGUGUUGCGGACAGGACAGCGCUCAGCGGAGACGAGACUAUGAAGUGGAGAUGAUGGUGCAGCUGAUUCUGAUCAUGGCCAUCGCCUCCGUCUGCUGGUGUCCUCUACUGGUGUUUAUUGCGCAGACCGUGCUGUCGGGCAGCGAGCUCAACGUUCGCCACCUGCUUCUCUGGCUUCGUUUUGCGACGGGGAACCAGAUCCUGGAUCCCUGGGUCUACAUCCUAUUCCGACGUGCCAUACUGAAGCGCGUCGCUCCCAAGAUGGACUGGUCCCGCGGCUCCAUCAUCAGCCUCUAUCCUACGCUCUCGACGUCCUUCCGCAAACUCACGCGCGCCUCUCUUGGAGGGACGAUUGACCGUUUGGAUCACGACCGGCCGAAUCCAGACAAAGCCAGACAAGAGGAUACGCCUCUACCUGUGCAGAACGCCACUGCGGUGUCUAGUUCCAUUUAGCAGCGAAGACUAGCAUUUAUCUCCUACUUCAUUAAUGAUUCAAUGUCUAAUAUGACGCCCAACGUAGGGCAUGACCCACCUUUUGAACCCUUUUGUUGGCGCUUCGCUUUCGGAGAGGUGCUCUAGUCGUAACUCUAGUCGUACACGUUUGAGAAGCGUAUAUUUGAGCUCUCACGACGGGUCGAACUCGCAUGAACUUGGAGAGCAAAGCUGUUGAGGAAAACGUACUGUAGAAACUUGAGUGGGAAAGUGGGCGGGGCUUGAUUUUUCCAGUUGGCCGGUGAUUGGAUGAUAAAGUGGCUGGAGGGGGAGGGAUUGGAAAAUAACUAUAUGAUGUCAUUUUGGAGGCGGAGCCUUUGUUCAAUCCUGUACAAAUGUAUCAGUUCCUGGAGUUUUUCGCAUUCAUUUGCCAUUUGUUAAAGAGUUUAACCAAUCCAUGAACCAAACUAACCAACUACGAGAUGAAACCCAACACUGCAAACUCUGAUUUAAAACAAAAAAGUAUUUGAAAAUAGGACAAUAAGGCAAGAAUGUGUACUUAAUGGCGUUAAUGAAAACGUGCAGUACAAAUUUGAAGGCUUGAGUGGUAAAGUGGGCGGGGCUUGAUUUUUCCAGUUGGCCGGUGAUUGGAUGAUGAAAAGUGAUGGUUGGAGGGGGAGGGGUUGAAAAGUAAGCAUGUUUGAUGUCGUUUUGGGGGCGGAGCCUUUGCACAAUAGUACCCACCCACUUUUUCAGCAGUUCCUGGAGUUUUUACCAUUCAAGUCUUCGUUAAAGGAUUAAACCCAACUAUGAACCAAACUAAUCAGAUACAAGGUGAAUCACAACAUAAAGUCUAAUUUAAAGCAAAAAAGUAUUUGAAAAUUGGGCAAAAAGGCAAGAAUGUGUACUCAAUGGCUUCAAUGAAAACGUUCAGUAGAAACCUGUAGGUUUGAGUGGGAAAGUGGGCGGGGCUUGAUUUUACCAGUUGGCCAGUGAUCGGAUGAUCACUGGGGGGUUGGAAAAUAAGUAUGUGAUGUCAUUUUGGAGGUGGAGCCUUUGCACAAUCGGCCCCACCCACUUUCAGUGAUUCCUGGAGUGUUUUUCCCAAACGGAUUUUUAAAGAGUUAAAAGCAACAAACCAAACCAACCAACUAGGAGGUAAAUCACAAAAUUAACUCUGAUUUAAAACAAAGAUGUAUUUAAAAAUCUGUAUAUAUACUCAAUGGCUACGAUGAAAAUGUACGGCAUAAACUCGCAGACUGGGCUUGCUUUGGGACAACUGGGCAGUUUUGGCUCACUUCCCGGACAAACACCCUCCUUUUCCUUUCUGAUAAGUCUAUGAGGACCACACACUUGGAUAAAAUGGCAACUUUCACCUCGAAGGCAAUUCUGGUUUAUUUCAGUAUCAUAACUAGCACAAAUUUGGUUAUUCUUGUGCGAGCAGACACAAGGUUAGCAUCAGACGCUGUCAGAGUGAGCGAUCUGUUUUGAUCUCUUAUUUACAUCGCAUGUAAACCCAAGCAUUGCUGCAUAAAAAUCAUUAUCCAAUCCUCUUGUGUUUGGAUUGCUUCGGCCAAUUGUUCUAAGUAUUUGCAUCUUUGGUUGAGAUCAUUUUUGGCAAGCAGUGUCGCUAAGCCUAGCGUACCCUGGGAACAGAAGCUUAUCAGCUAGUGUACAUUUAAGACAGUUUCUGGUGUGUAAAACAUGGAUUUACGGACAUUUUUUGCACGGGUUAUAGAGCCAUUUGGCCAGCAGUUCAAUGUUUUGUUACAAAAAACAUGUCUUCUCAAUAGCCUGGCAAACACGAGUUGGCUACAAGCAAGGGGUUUUUGGUCGCAGACUGUAAUCAUGAUGAUGAGCUUCUGUGUGCGCUUGGCUAACAGGAAAACAAUUAGGGAUCAGUAACGCAAACUAGAUUCAUAUCAGCUUCCUCGUUCUGCAACAAUUUCACGGCUAUGACUGCUAAUGCUAAAUAAGCAUUAGCAUGACUAGCUGCAAAUAAACCAUGUUAAAUUCUGAUGUUUUUGUGAGUUGAAAAGUGGGCGGGGAGGGGUUAAAAUAUAAGAUUACCUUUGCGCAAUAGAGUGCACAAUAUGCCCCGCCCACUUUUUCAGCAGUUCCUGGACUUUUUCCAUUCAUUUU